GUAAUGGGACAGUUGGUGCGGGGUGUGUUUUCAGAAACUAGCUAAUAUAGAUUUGCGGCACACGAUCUGUACGUUUUUAUUGUAUAUAUAUAUAUAUAUAUAUUUUUUUUUUUAUAUAACAAUCAUGACAUCUACCAUUGAUGAUAGUGACAAAGAAAAGACCCUCUCUGUGUCUGUGGACCUAAACAACGACACCUCUCUACUCAUCGACAUUCCUGAUGCACUCUGUGAACGAGAUAAAGUCAAGUUCACUGUCCACACCAAGACCACCCUGAGCUCCUUUCAGAAGCCAGACUUCUCUGUUCCUAGGCAACAUGAGGACUUUAUCUGGCUCCAUGACGCUCUGGUUGAAACUGAAGACUACGCUGGGCUCAUCAUCCCUCCAGCGCCCCCGAAGCCAGACUUUGAGAGCCCCAGGGAGAAGAUGCAUAAACUGGGCGAGGGAGAAGCUACCAUGACCAAGGAGGAAUACACCAAGAUGAAGCAGGAGUUAGAGGCUGAGUACCUGGCUGUUUUCAAGAAGACUGUUCAAGUCCACGAGGUAUUUCUGCAGCGUCUAUCUUCUCACCCCAUCCUGAGCAAGGACAGAAACUUCCAGAUAUUCCUGGAGUAUGACCAGGAUCUGAGCGUACGGAGGAAAAAUGCCAAGGAGACGUUUGGGAGUUUCUUUAAGAACAUGGUGAAGAGUGCUGAUGAGGUCAUCAUCUCAGGGAUAAAGGAAGUAGAUGAUUUCUUUGAGCAGGAGAAGACCUUCCUGCUUGAUUAUUCGUCCAAGAUCAAAGACUCCACUGCCAGGGCGGAGAAGAUGACCCGCUCCCACAAAAAUGUUGCUGAUGAUUACAUCCACAUCUCUUCUACUUUGAACAGUCUCUCUGUCGAUGACAACACAGCACUUAAAAAGCACUUUGAGAAGUUAUCUGACCUGUUUGAGAAACUCCGGAAAGUGGAGGGUAGAGUGGCGUCGGACCAGGAGCUGAAGCUCACAGAGCUACUACGCUACUACAUGAGGGACAUCCAGGCAGCCAAGGACCUGUUGUACAGACGGGCCAGGACCCUGGCAGACUAUGAGAACAGUAACAAGGCUCUGGAUAAGGCCCGGCUGAAGAGUAAAGCUGUUGCUGCUGUGGAGGAGCAACAACAACAGUGUCUGCAGAGGUUUAACAAGCUUUCUGAGUCGGGAAAAAGAGAGCUGACCAGUUUUAAGGGCAGGAGAGUGGUGGCUUUCCGGAAGAAUCUAAUAGAGAUGGCUGAGCUGGAGAUUAAGCAUGCUAAGAACAACAUGUCUCUGCUGCAGGACUGCAUUGAGCUUUUCAAGAGCAGCUGAGCCACUGGUCUCUUACCAACCCUCCCAGACCACUGACCAGCUGGGCUUGGCGCCAGUCGGUUUCUGCUCUCUUGCCGACUCCUUAUGGAAUCGUCGUGCAAAACCGUGACUGGAGUAGGAAAAAUCACAAACUGGAUCUGGGACCAGGAUACUGACCAGCAGGCUUUGAGAAGGGAACCUGGAUACCCAUCCUCUCCACCCCAUAUGUGUCAAACUCAUUCCACGACGGAUUUUCGCUCCACCCUUGUACUUGAUUGAUGAAUUCAGGUCCCUAAUUAGUAAAGAACUCUCCUCACCUGGAUGUCUAGGUCUUAAUUGAAAGGAAAAAACAAAAACCCGCAGCCACUGGGCCCUCAGUGGAAUGAGUUUGACACCCCUCUACUCCUGGGGGAACCUGGAUACCCAAUGCCCUCUACCCUCUUCCUCCAGGGGAACUUGGGUCGUGUUCAUUAGGUCACACAUUUGAAAAACGUCCCUUUGCAACGGAAAACAAAAAUAAGCAUUUCUUAUUGGACAAGAUGACAUAGUUCCUCCCCGUUUCACUCAUUUGUGGGGAGUUUCGUGCCUUGAACCCGAUCCUGGAUACUCCCUUCCUCCAUCCCAAAAAUGCCACUUCAGAAACCUGCAUAUGUCUGUUUGACUGUUUUCUACCUGGAUGUUUAGUCUCUGUCCACCUGCCCCCUCCGUGUCUCUUUCUGCCCCCUCCGUGUCUCUUUCUGCCCCCUCCGUGUCUCUUUCUGCCCCCUCCGUGUCUCUUUCUGCCCCCUCCGUGUCUCUUUCUGCCCCCUCCGUGUCUCUUUCUGCCCCCUCCGUUGUCUCCUUCUGCCCCCUCCGUGUCCCAUGGAACACUCCCCUUUAGUGAUCACAGCAUUCCAGAACAGGGAGAAUUCAGCAUCCUGCACCAUCUUCUGACCUUUCUCCUCCCAUCUGUUUUUCAAUCGUGGGUUAUCUGAAUGAUUUGUAUUGUAGAUGGAUUACGCUUGUUCUUGUGUUGGAUUCUCUAUUUUGUAACAAUGGACUUUUUUCCCGGUUUAUGAUCAUGUUUAUAAUUGUUUUGGUUGCUUUUCAAGGCACGUGCCGACUAACCCCGUUACGCCCCUCACUUGUACAUAUAAAGAAAGACAGAAUUGAGGUUGAAUUUGGUCCUAGCAUAACGGUAAAACUUUGGCAGAGUGGAGUCACAGUAAUCUGGUGUUUUUUAAUGGUGCAUGCAUUAGCUAGCUAUAAUGGAAUAGUUUGGUUUAAAGUGGCAUUGCAAUGAGAGAACCUUUCUCUAAUACCAGUCUGAAGAGUGACUGCUGAGCUCAGCUGCUGCCUCUCUCUGGUUUGUAAUGGAACAGUUUGCAGGAUCUUUUUAGGCCACGCUGUAGCAAAAAUGUUUUACAAUGGACAACUUAAACAAUCGUUUCUUAUUGGACAAGUUCAGAUGGUCCCUCCUUGUUUUGGUACCUUAGUGAAUAGGACCCAGAUGGGAGCAACUGUUUACAAAGAGUAUAUAAAGAGGGUAUAAAAGGGGGGUACUAAUUUAGUGCCUAAAUAAAGGUUAUUGUGACUGCGUCCCGAUUGUCCACCCUCGUGCCAACGUCUGCAUUUGCACGGUCCCGUCAUGGAUUUAAAAGCAUUCGGUUCAUGAAAGCAUUGGCUGAAGGGAGUUUCCACCAUUUUGUUAAAUGGUUUGACGGUGGAGUCUGGAAAUGCUCACUUUGGGAGAAGGGUGGAGAAUUGGGACUUGGCCUAAUACACUCUUCUUCUUUUUUUUCCAUUACCAUACUUUUGAGAUCCGGCUGGGUUGAACUCGCUCCAAACUGCCAAGUGAAGAGACAUGCUUCUUUUUCAUGAUUUAAGAAGUGUGUGUGUGUGUGUGUGUGUGUGUGUGGUAGUUUGUCCAACAGUGGUGGUACCACACAGAAAUGCUUUGGCUGUACCUCAGGAAUGGCAACGGGGCUCUUUCCGCGUAUUCGUCUACAUUACUGCCGGUAAUAACUGGAGCCAACUAAAUUGUUUUUUGUUUUGAGACUUACAUAUAUUUUUGACAAGUUUACUUCCACAUAAUAUGGACCAGUUGAUUAAAAAAAAUUUUUUUUUUACUCCAGACCUUGUCAGUGUCGGCGCUGGUAGUUGCCAACGUUUACUGCCGUGAUGCUGAAGGGAUCCAUCGGCCCGGUCUAGACUAAAGAGUGACUAGUGAGUGCCAGGCAGCUAUGGUUUCUGUGCUAAGUGAGUCAAUAUUCAGUGGACUAGGCUGAGACCUGUGACACUGUUAGUGAAGUCCACCCAUAGUAGAGGACUGUAUGCAGUUGGUUCUAGUUAACAUUUAAAGCAAUAGACUUACAUGGCCAUAUUGGCUAUUGGAGAGUAACUCUGGUCCCAGCACUUAUUCGGAGGUGUGUGUGUACUUCAGCGUCAGCUUGUAGCUGUUGUCUAUGUCCCAAUUCUUUCACAUGCUUCCCUAAGCGUGCACUUGUACACUUCCCUUCAUGGAUUUUUAAAGGGACUGACUAGUGUAAGAAAAAUGGGGGAUACUCCCAUGCUUACACCAAUGAUCCAAUGCUUUUAAUUGUGUGGAGAGGAUGAACGUGCACUACCUAGAUAAGUAGAAUGUUCCUGAUAUCCUGCUGUGUUUACUAGUGUGGCUUCCUGUGCACUUCAUUGAUAUCCUGCUGUGUUUACUAGUGUGGCUUCCUGUGCACUUCAUUGAUAUCCUGCUGUGUUUACUAGUGUGGCUUCCUGUGCACUUCAUUGAUAUCCUGCUGUGUUUACUAGUGUGGCUUCCUGUGCACUUCAUUGAUAUCCUGCUGUGUUUACUAGUGUGGCUUCCUGUGCACUUCAUUGAUAUCCUGCUGUGUUUACUAGUGUGGCUUCCUGUGCACUUCAUUGAUAUCCUGCUGUGUUUACUAGUGUGGCUUCCUGUGCACUUCAUUGAUAUCCUGCUGUGUUUACUAGUGUGGCUUCCUGUGCACUUCAUUGAUAUCCUG